CCUUUGCGCUCGCCGAGCGGCUGGCGAUGGCUCGAGUUACACCAUUUGCCGGGCUCGUCGGGGCUGACUUGCUGCCGGUGCGCCCGGGCGCCGCGGCGAGCUUUGGCCGGCGGAGGAGCAAGAGGAGCGCGCCGGACUCCCGCCGGGCCAUCGGCUCUUGAGCGCGGCGGUCCUGCGCCGGGCUCCCCCGUCUCCCCUCCCGCUUUCUCGGAGGUAGGAGCUGCAUUUCGACUCCCCCUUCUCCGUCUCCAGUUUUCGCUCGGCCAAAUCCGAGCCGCAGCGAGCGGCAGGCAGGCAGGCGAGCGCCCCCGCUGGGCUCCCGGCGGUUCCCCCUUCGCAGGACGGCGGUCCGUUUGCAGAGGCUCCGGCGCGGAGGGGACUCGUGCGUGGCCCGCAAAAGGUGGAUUUUUGCGUUGUGAGCCUGGGCUCCUCGGUUGCGCAGGCUGCGUCGCGCUCGGUUGGCAACGGUUCGGCUUUUUGGUUCUGAAGGCUGUUGCAGAGCGGCGAGGGACGGCGGCGGCCACGCGUGGCUUCUCCACUCGCGCUUGGGCGUCUGCACGCGUGUGCAUGUGUGAAUGCGCCGGGGUUAAUGGAACAGAUGGAGAUCGCGCUGGCCGGAUUGCAGAAGAAAGAAACGUCCGAGGUGGAGGUAAAGAGGAUUGGCCAGAAGUGAUUUGUCCCCCUCCCCCUUCUGUCAUGAGGUUCCUGUUGCUCUCUGCUUGUGCGGUGCUAGUGACCGUCUCUCAGUGCGACGCCGUCAGUUUCCCAGAAGAUGAGGACCCGAUUAACGUUGUUGACUACCAUUAUUCAAGGCAGUAUCCAGUGUUUGGAGGACGCCCUUCAGGCAAUGAAUCCCAACACAGGCUAGACUUUCAACUCAUGUUGAAAAUUCGAGACACACUCUAUAUUGCUGGCAGGGAUCAAGUUUACACUGUAAACUUGAAUGAACUUCCAAAGGGAGAAGUUGCUCCGAGCAAGAAAUUAACAUGGCGAUCGAAGCAACAAGACAGAGAGAACUGCGCCAUGAAGGGGAAACACAAAGACGAAUGCCAUAAUUUUAUUAAAGUCUUUGUUCCCAGGAAUGACGAGAUGGUGUUUGUCUGCGGAACAAAUGCUUUUAAUCCCAUGUGCCGUUACUAUAGGUUGAAUACCUUGGAGUACGAUGGUGAAGAAAUUAGUGGCUUGGCAAGAUGCCCAUUCGAUGCCAGGCAAACCAACGUGGCCCUCUUUGCUGAUGGGAAACUAUAUUCUGCCACAGUUGCGGAUUUCCUGGCCAGCGAUGCUGUUAUUUACCGAAGCAUGGGGGAUGGGUCAGCACUAAGAACAAUAAAAUAUGACUCCAAGUGGAUAAAAGAGCCCCACUUCCUCCACGCCAUUGAAUACGGGAAUUUCGUUUAUUUCUUCUUUCGAGAGAUUGCGGUGGAGCAUAAUAAUUUAGGCAAGGCGGUUUAUUCCCGUGUGGCCCGCAUAUGCAAAAACGACAUGGGUGGCUCGCAGCGUGUGUUGGAGAAGCACUGGACUUCUUUUCUGAAGGCCCGUCUCAACUGCUCUGUCCCAGGGGAUUCGUUCUUCUACUUUGACGUUCUGCAGUCCAUCACGGACAUAAUAGACAUCAACGGAGUGCCCACCGUGGUUGGCGUCUUCACCACGCAGCUGAACAGUAUCCCCGGCUCAGCCGUGUGUGCUUUUAGCAUGGACGACAUUGAAAAAGUAUUUAAAGGAAGAUUUAAAGAACAAAAAACCCCUGAUUCUGUUUGGACAGCUGUACCUGAAGAAAAAGUACCGAGGCCAAGACCUGGUUGCUGUGCAAAACACGGCCCAGCAGAGGCUUACAAAACCUCCAUUGAUUUCCCAGAUGAAACCCUCUCUUUCAUCAAAUCCCACCCUUUGAUGGAUUCCGCCGUCCCGUCUGUCAUCGAGGAGCCCUGGUUUACAAAGACAAGGGUCAGGUAUCGGCUGACAGCAGUUGCCGUGGACCACUCCGCCGGCCCAUACCAAAACUACACCGUCAUAUUCGUUGGCUCUGAAGCUGGAGUGGUGCUUAAAAUCUUGGCAAAGACCAGAGCUUUUUCUUUGAAUGACAGCGUCUUACUGGAAGAGAUUGAUGCUUAUAAUCAUGCAAAGUGUAACGGAGACAGCGAAGACGACCAAAGGGUCAUUUCCCUACAACUGGACAAAGAGCAUCAUGCUUUAUUUGUCGCCUUCUCCAGCUGCGUCGUGCGAAUCCCCCUCAGCCGCUGUGAGCGUCACGGGUCGUGUAAAAAGUCUUGCAUUGCCUCUCGAGACCCUUACUGCGGCUGGCUGAGUCACGGGACCUGCGGAAGGGUGAAAGCGAGCAUGUUGUUGUCUUUGUUUGUUUCAUACAACCACAGCGUUGGAGGAUAUGAACAAGACGUAGAAUAUGGCAACACGGCACAACUUGGGGACUGCCACGAAAUUUUGCCUUCUACAACUACACCAGAUUACAAAAUAUUUGGCGAUCCAACAUCUGACAUGGCGUUCUCCUCCUCAGCCUCUAUUACCACAGUGGGAAGUAGCCCUGUUAUCUCUCCUAAAGUGAUUGGUUCCUGGAAACCUAAAGUGACUGGCUCUCGGAAAUUUGUAGCUCAAGAUGACCCAAACACUUCUGAUUACUCUGAUCCAUUAUCAGGUGUCCCGAAGGGUGUAAGAUGGGAAGUGCAGUCGGGAGAUUCCAACCAAAUGGUGCACAUGAAUGUUCUGAUUACUUGUGUCUUUGCUGCAUUCUUGCUGGGAGCCUUUAUUGCAGGAGUGGCUGUCUACUGUUACCGGGAUAUAUUUAUAAGGAAAUCCAGAAAGAUACACAAAGAUGCCGAAUCAGCUCAAUCCUGUACAGACUCAAGCGGCAGCUUCGCCAAACUGAAUGGGCUCUUCGACAGCCCAGUCAAGGAGUAUCAGCAAAACAUCGAUUCGCCCAAGCUAUAUUCCAAUCUGCUAAUGAGCAGAAAAGAGCUGCCACCAGCAGGCGAUACAAAGUCGAUGAUGAUGGUGGUGGACCACAGAGGCCAGCCUCCAGAACUGGCGGCUCUUCCGACUCCGGAAUCCACACCGGUGCUGCAGCAAAAGACAUUGCAGUCUAUGAAAAGUCAGUUGGACAAAGCACAAAACAAUCUCAGUGCUUCUCGGAAAGAAGCCCCUCUGAAGAGCCCUCAGUUUUUUCCAUCCAGUCCUCCACCCCAUUCCCCUUUAAGUCACGGACACAUCCCAAGUGCCAUUGUCCUUCCAAACGCUACCCACGAUUACAAUAUGUCCUUCUCAAAUUCUAACGCACACAAAGCAGACAAAAAGAUGCAGAACAUGGACCACCCGCUUACAAAAUCAUCAAGCAAAAGAGACCACAGAAGGUCCGUCGAUUCCAGGAAUACCUUGAACGAUUUCCUGAAACAUUUGAACGAAACACCGAAUAACCCCAAAGCCAUUAUGGGGGACCUCCAAGUGUCUCACCAGACUUUAAUGCUUGAUCCCAUGGGGAAUAUGUCAGAGAUUCCUCCUAAAGUCCCUAACAGAGAAGCAUCAUUGUAUUCUCCUCCAUCCACCCUUCCACGAAACAGUCCAACAAAACGGGUGGAUGUCCCCACCACACCCGCAGCACCAAUGACCUCUUUAGAAAGACAAAGGGGCUAUCACAAAAAUUCAUCACAGAGGCAUUCUAUAUCAGCCCUUCCUAAAAACUUAAACUCGCCCAAUGGCGUGCUGCUAUCCAGGCAGCCUAGUAUUAAUCGCGGAGGAUACAUGCCUCCUACUACGGGAACAAAAAUGGACUACAUGCAAGGGACUCCAGUGAGCGUACAUCUACAGCCUUCCUUAUCCAGGCAAAGCAGUUACACAAGCAAUGGAACGCUUCCUCGGACAGGAGUAAAGAGGACGCCCUCCCUAAAACCCGAUGUGCCACCCAAACCCUCUUUCGUUCCUCAGACACCUUCAGUCAGACCACUGAACAAGUACAGCUACUAAGACUUGCAUUUUCUCUUUAAAGAGUGUGGGACAAUGUCGAGGGACAGAUGUUAAGGCAGAGACUUGCUUGUCCUCAAAAAAUAGAGCAAGCAGCCAAAGAAGCUGUCUUUAACUCUGGCGCCAUCUUGUUUUGCCAUACGUCUGGCUUCAAGCAAGACUUGACUUGCUCGACAGGUUUUUAAAAAAAAACAAAGGAAGGUGCUGGCCAUUACAUUUCUUUUGUUUGGAGCAGAGGAGACAUGUAGCACAAUGGGGAAGGGACGCAUUGACCUUUUGAAAGAGCUGUUCCAAGUACUUGGGGAAGAAAGACAUAAAAAAGAGAGAUUGGUGAGCAAAUACUUGAAAAAAAAUUAAAAUGGGGUUCAUUUGAGACUGCCAUAAUGCGUAGUCUUCCCAUGAAAUGUGAACAUUUUAAUAUGUAUGCAUUCGCCUUGCCUCUUGCACAAAUGUCAGAAAACGAUAACGUCUCAACAAGUGUGUGGGUUAGUAAGCAACUUGCUGAUCUUCGGUCUCUAGUCCAAGUGUAGCAUUUUUUUUCCUCCAUGGGAUGAUGGUAUUUUGUUUAUGGCGCAGAUAAAACUGUGUGUGCAUGAAUGUGUGUGCGCGUGAGUGAGUCACAGACACAAGGCAUUCAGUCUCGCUGCAUCUUCUAAACGUACAGAAUUGUUUACACUGAGCAUCAGUGAACAACAAAUGGCUCUGGCUCUUGUGGAGUGCAUGGGGGUUCAUUGCAUUAUCUACUGUGGGAGGCUCUGGGGCUGUCAGAUUUGUGUACAUGACUAAACCCCAGAACUGUCAAAAACAGCACAAACAUCCUCAUGCUAAAUAAUGCUGCUAUGGCAGUCAAGAUUUUCAAGUUUCACAUGUAGCAUUUUGGAAGGGUUGACCAUGGUAAAAAACCAGUCCUUCAAUCCAACCUGGUGUUGAACAUGAAUAGCAGCUGUUCUUGCUAGUCUUCAACCAAUGCAGGGGUUCUUAAUUCUGGUCACAGAGAGCCUUCCCCAAGUCAAAAACAAAAUUAGGUUAAGACCACACACACUCACAUACCGCAAACAAGCCACAAGACAGACAUGGCUCCAAGAAAAGCAAUGAGAAAGGUAGCGUGGUAUUCCCAGGCAAGAGAGAUCCCCCCCUUACGAAACACUGUUCCAGUGUAUAGAGAUUGUAUCAUUGCCCCACAGCACUGUUUGAACUAUACAGUCAGAGAAGUAUCCACCUGUAUCUCUUUGGCUAAGAAUGGCAGAUCCAGAAUCUUCUCUCUUAGCGUCAUCCCAUGUACAAAAAUCAGGAUUCAAGGUGGAGUGAGAAGGGAAUUGUGCCUCCUUCAAUCUCCAUCAACAGCUCACACUCUCAAGGAAGCCUUCCUUAUGCUUUGAGAAUCUUCGGCGAUGGAACAUACAUUAGGAAUGAGUUUAUGGGGGGAAAAGGAUAAGCAGAAGUAUGUGCCAUCCUAUAAUGCAGCCCCUUUUUGCAGCAGAAAGGAAGAUACACCCAAUUGGCUUUGGCAAGGUGCAUCUGUAAAAAAAAAAAAAUUGAGAGUAGCACAGUCAUUUUGCUUGUGGUUUCUCUGGAGUCAUGCUGGUAAUGACAAUAUUCUGUAAAUACUACAUGUGAGUUUACCUGGAUCUGUGCAUUUUGUGCCUUAUUCAUGCAAAUGAUAAAAAAAGAAAUGUAAGACUAAAAUUCUGUCAAGUGUUCUAGGUGCAUCCUGUUUUCCCCGAGUACCAGCGAUAAGAUCUCUCAGUAAUAUCCAAAAAAUGAAAGCUACAAGGGGGGGACUGUGGGGGAACUAUCCCCACAAGAACAAUUAAUUAACAACGCCGCCUAUAAGCCAAGGAGACAGCAACAUUAAAUCAACCUUACAUGUCAGACAUUCCACCCUAAACCGCUUAAGGAUCAAACAGUUAUAAUGUGAAAUCAUAUGAGAUUUUCUAGGGUAAUGGAACACCUGCUGAAAUUACAUAAGCUAUUGAGUUAGUAUCUGCCGUAUACAUUUGCAGCUGAUCUUUAUCACAGAUGGUGAUUUUUUUAGCACGCAAAUGAUGCCCCAGCAGUUGCUUGCUGAAUGUUACCAUCAUCAUAGCAUAACAUUCGUGGACCAUUCAAACAAGCAAUUUCAACCCAAGGCAUUGAUUUCACAUAGGUAUCAAGUUUUUAAAAAGAUUUUUUGCUUCUGAAGAAAAGGGACCCUUUCCCUUACUACGUAGAUUUUUUUCUCCUUUUCCAUUCCAUAUGUUGAUCGUCAAAGACCUUUUAACUUGCAAAAAAUAGUCCAGGGUGAAAAGGCCUAGGAUUGUUCAUUCUUAAAACAUUUCAGUCUUGCAACUAAAACUGUUUAAUCAUUUAAAUUUUAAACAAACAUACAAAAUGGAUCAAAUGAUGAAACUGAAUUGAAUUCACUUUGCAAAUAUUAAUUAAUAAUACAUACUUGUGUGAAACCGAAACAUAAGUGUUACUAUGUGAACCCAAAUAACUUUCUGUAACAUUGUGCUGCCUUGUUAGAUGGUAAUGUGAGUUUUUCCUCAGUAUUUAUGUUGAAAUCUCUAACAUUCAACAUAGUCUUUAUUCUGUUAAUUUAUAAUUUGUGUUGGGUUUUUUUUUUUAAUGCUUUAUCCAUUUGUGCAAAGGUAAAUGCAGAUUGUAUCUUUUUUAAUGGUACGGCAUAAAAAAAAAAGUAACCCUGAAAGAAAGCUGCUCUAUACAGUCUAUAGAGUACUUUAACAUGUAUAGAUAUCUUGUAAACUUGUAUUGUGGAUGUGUAAAUAAUUACGUCCUUUGGGUUUUUAACACCGCAUGUAAAGUCAAAAUAAAAUAUUCAGCUGUA